AUGCGUACUCAGUGCCUCUUCCUUGCACUUCUUGCUCUCCUCCUUCCUCUGGUCGCAGCUGCCGGAGAUCCAUUUGAAGACCAAAUUGCAGGUGGUUGGGAACCCAUCAAGAAUAUCGGUGACCCGCAUGUGCAAGAUAUAGCAAAGUGGGCGGUCACCGAGUACAACCAGCAAUCCCACAAGGCGUUAUUUUUCCUGAGGGUGGUUCAAGGCCAGGAACAAGUCGUAGCUGGAACAAAUUAUAAGCUUGUCAUUAGUGUCAAGGAUGGAUCCUCUACUGUGAAUUAUGAGGGCUUCGUCUUUGAGAACUUACAAGAGACAUCUAGAAAAUUGGUCUCCUUUACUAGAAAAUAA